AUGGCAUUGAAUGUUGUAAAGAAGGCAAAGAAGCCUAAUUGGGAGUCCAGGACGACCAAGGCCUUGGUCAUGGCCCUUGAGGAUCAUGGUCACGUUAUUAAGGCAAAGUUUGGUAAACAUGUGACCAAAUCUGAGAAGAACAGUUCUUGGAAUGAGAUAUACCAAAGAGUGAACAGUGUGGCAAAAGUUGAGAGGACAGUGGAGGAAAUUAAGAAAAAGUGGAGUGACCUGUCAAGUCAGGUUAAGCGCAAAGAGGCUAGGAGGAGGGCGGAUGCCAGAAAGACUGGAGGAGGGGCUCCCAUGGAGGAGCCAUCUGAUACGGCAUUGAAGAUAAUAGCUUUACUGGGAGACACAGCAAUAGAGGGGGUGUCUCAGGGAGUUGACACUUUACAAGGUAGUUUAGAUGACUGUUGUGAAGAUGAGCCUACCAUGGGUGAAGGCCCCCAUACAACACCAUCUGAACCAGAACCAUCAACCUCCCCCCCAUUGUUCCCACAGCAAAAAAAAGUUCCACCUACACAAAUGGACAGGCUGGAAGAACUCGAGAAACAAAGGCUGGCGGUCGAGAGGGAAAGGCUUCAGAUCGAGAAGGCACGUUUCACACUGGAGCAACACAGAUUUAACUUUGCUGUUGCCCAGAGUGGAAUUAGCGAAUGGCCAGAUUUGGCCACCAUUUUGCCUCAACAGAGCCACACCAACUGAUAUGUUACUUUCAUUUAUUCAUUUAUUUAUUUGAUCGGUGUUUUAAGCCGUACUCAAGAAUGUUUCACUUAUACGACAGCGGCCAGCAUUAUGGU